AUGAGUGAUCAUAGCGACUUAUUGAAUCAGUUUGUCAGCAUGACAGGAACUGAAGCAGCUCAAGCACAGUUCUACUUGGAAGCAAGCAACUGGGAUUUAGAGAUGGCUGUGAGUCAGUUCUUUGACAAUGCUGGUGGUGCUGAUAAACAGCCCUUUCAAGAGCAACAACAGCAACAACCUUCAGAGCCUUUUGCUCCUAGAUCCAAUGUAUCAUCAGGCUCAGGCACUCCCACCAAAAGAAAAGCUGCUGCUGCUGGCUCAUCCAAGAUUCGCACAUUGAGUGAUAUCAACUCCUCUGGCCAAAACAAUGAUUCAGAUGAUGAUGAACAUGAGAAUUUGUAUGCCGGUGGUGAAAAAUCUGGUAUGGCAGUGCAAGGUCCUAAUAAGCGUGGUGGCGCAAGCGGCAGCAACGAUAAUAGCUUGGUUGAUCAGAUCUUGAAGAAGGCUGCCGAAGGUGGAGCUCCAGCGGAAGAAGAGCAAACUCAAUCUCAAAAGAAGCCUGCUUUCUACACUGGAUCAGGAUACAGAUUAGGCAGUGAGGAUGAACCUUCUACAUUAGCUCAACCUGCUACUUCAGCUUCUCCUACUGCUGAAAACGAUGAUGAAGAGGAUCUUGAGCCUGUUACUCGUCAUUUAACAUUUUGGCGCAAUGGCUUCAGCGUAGAUGAUGGACCACUGUACUUGUUCAGCGAUCCUGCCAAUCAAGAAAUGCUGACAGCUAUCAAUAGCGGUCGUGCACCUUUACAUUUGCUUAAUGUGCGUCAUGGUCAACCUGUGGAAGUUCGUGUAGUCAAGCGUAUCGAUGAAGAUUAUACUCCUCCUCCCAAGGCUCCUCCAAAGCCAUUUGAAGGUACUGGUAACCGUCUUGGAAGUCCAGCAGCAUAUGCAUCGCCUAGUCCCGCACCAGGAGCUUUUCCAAGCAGCUCAAAUGCAAUUGCACCCACAGUAGAUGAAAGUCAGCCUACUACAAGUAUUCAAAUUCGUCUUGGCGAUGGAUCCAAGAUCAUUGCCAAGCUGAAUCACACACAUACCAUUGCCGAUGUUCGCCAAUACAUUGAAUCUUCUCAUCCUGCUUCAAGACCAUACAUUUUACAAACAACCUUCCCUGUCAAGGAGCUCCAAGAUAACAAUCAAUCCAUCAAGGAGGCCGGUUUAUUAAACAGUGUCAUUGUUCAGCGCUAUCAAUAA